CUGAGUUAAAGUACCAGAUUUGGCACUUUCCAGGAGUACAACCUCAGAAAACUCAGCCUUCCUGAGCCUUGGUUUUUUUGGCUGUAAAGUGGGUCUAAUAGUCAGGGAAGAACUCUGGAGUGUUAGGAAAACACUUUGUAAAACGUCAGGUGCCAUUUGUCUCGAAGUUAAAAUAAUUUUCUUUUUUUCAGAAAGUUAGGGGAAGGAGGGACAGUAGACUGCCUCUUUCUCUUGGCUUUGUCCUGAAGUACAAGUUAUUAUUAAUAUUCAUCUCAUUCCACUGGGGUUCAGAGAGAAAUAGUCCUAGGACAAGUCUCUAUUCUGAUAUCAUUCUUUUGUGUUUAAUAUUCUAUAGAUUAUUAAUGUAGCCAUUGUUCUUAAAGUUUUGAUGUCAUUCCUAGAGAUUUGGCAAUAGCUCUGCCGCUUGCUAGUAAUAUAGUACUUAACUCAAAUGGGUUUACAUAUCCCAAUGCUCAGAUUUGUCUUUUGAGGAAGUCAGUUUCUGGAGUUGAGUGGGAGGAUUUCUUCAAAAGCAUUUUGCUGAGAAAGCUUGGCAAAUGGGGGUCCACUCUCCUGUAGAUGCCAAGACUUCGAAAAACAGUGAUGGUGGAUUAAACGAUGCCAUCGCUAUUCUCAUGGCUUGGGCAGGAGAGCCCAGUGUGCGGGUUGGAGUGAUUUGAAGUGUUGCUAGCCUGCAUGUGCUAUGCAGCCACGUCCUGCUUUUGUGCCUGAGAUGGAACUGAUAAAUCUCAAGUGACUGCUUUGGUAGCAGCUGAGUUGGCAAAAGGUUUAAAAAAAAAAAAGAGGAAAAGAAAGAAAAGGCUGUGAGCAAUUUUGGUGUGUGUGUGUGUUGGAGGGGGGAGUGAGACCAGGAGGGAAGUUGGUUUGCUUUAGGCUGGUGCUGCUGCAUUAUUUGUUUAAGCUCGAUCAGCUGCUCUUUCCUUAUAGCUCUUCCCUAGAACCUGCUUGAUUCAAUCAGAGCGAGUGAAAGAGAGAAGGGGUGGAGGACCCAAAGAGGGGGAGGAGAGAGACCGGUAAGCCUGUGUGUAAUCGAUGUUCAGCAUUCAUUCGGGCAUUUAGUAGUGACAGGGUAGGCACACGCCAGCGCCAGGGAAGAAUGGCAAGUUUUAAAUGGCCAUGAUGUGCUUCCCUACUCAUGACCGACCUCCAGCACUACGGGCUUAGUCUGUGCAUUGCAGUGGGAGAGGGAGGGAGAGGAGGGAAGGAGGGUGCGCUCAGACCCCUAUUUCUGUUGGUUGGGGGAAUCUGGAUGAAGUAAUUGAAAUGCAGAGCUGGGAAGCACUGCUGUAGUCUUUUUCUCCCCUUCUUCUGGAGCCGAGGAAAACAUGUUGACUGUGGAGGAUUUUUAUUUUAUCGGAGAAUGAGAUUUUGGCUGAGAAAUGAAGAAAUGGCCCUGGAAGAAAUGGUGCAGAGAUUAGAUGCCGUUUCCCAGGAUACUGAUGAAAUCAUGCACCAGGAUAUCGUUCCCCUCUGUGCUGCUGAUAUUGAAGACCAAUUGAAAAAGCAAUUUGCUUACCUGUCUGGUGGACGGGGACAAGAUGGAUGCCCAGUCAUCACAUUCCCAGAUUACCCAACUUUCAGUGAAAUCCCAGAGAAAGAGUUCCAGAAUGUCCUGACCUACCUGACCAGCAUUCCCAGUUUACAAGACACUGGAAUUGGGUUUAUCCUUGUCAUAGACCGCAGACAAGACAAAUGGACCUCCGUGAAAGCCUCUGUCCUUCGAAUAGCAGCAUCUUUCCCAGGGAACCUACAACUUGUCCUUGUUCUACGUCCUACGGGAUUUUUACAACGGACUCUCUCAGACAUUGCUUUCAAAUUCAAUAGAGAUGAAUUUAAAAUGAAGGUACCUAUCAUAAUGCUCAGUUCAGUACCAGAAUUGCAGAGUUAUAUUGACAAAACACAGCUGACGGAAGAUCUUGGUGGGACCUUGGACUAUUGCCAUAGCAGGUGGCUAUCUCACCGCACAGCUAUUGAAAGUUUUGCCCUAAUGGUUAAGCAAACAGCUCAAAUGCUCCAGUCCUUUGGGACAGAACUGGCCGAGACGGAAUUACCUAAUGAUGUACAGUCAACCAGCUCCAUUCUUUCAGCACACACAGAGAAGAAAGGCAAAAUGAAGGAAGAUAUGAUGUUAGCUUUGAAAGAGGGACAUGCAAUCCUUGAAAGCAUUAGAGAGCCACUGACCAAGAAUCCCGAGUACAACCUCAAUCAAGAUCAGCUCGACAAUCAAACCACAGUGCAGAGACUUUUGGAUCAGCUGGGUGAAACUGAAGCAGCUUUUGAUGAAUUUUGGGCAAAGCAUCAGCAGAAACUCGAGCAGUGCCUACAGCUCCGGAAUUUUGAGCAGAAUUUUCGGGAGGUGAAAGCCAUCUUAGAUGUUGUAUCAGAGAAGUUAUCAGCCUUUACAGAUGUGGGAAAUAGCUAUGCUCAUGUGGAACAUAUGCUCAAGGACCUUGCUAGCUUUGAAGAAAAAUCCAAUGUAACUGUAGAGAAGGCUAGAGCCUUGUCUUUAGAAGGUAACCAGCUCAUCCAAAGCAAGCAUUACGCUGUGGACUCCAUCCUGCCAAAGUGCAAUGAACUUCAGCACCUCUGUGAUGAAUUCACAACUGAAAUGAGUAAAAGGAGGAAUCUCCUCCACAAAUCACUAGAACUCCAUAGCCUUCUUGAAAAAUCUAUGAAAUGGUGUGACGAAGGCAUUUACCUGCUAGCUUCCCAGCCCGUGGACAAAUGCCAAUCCCAGGAUGGAGCUGAGUCAGCCCUACAAGAGAUCGAGAAGUUUUUAGACACUGGUACAAAAAACAAAAUCCAGGAGCUAAAUAAAUUUUACAAAGAAUAUGAAUCCAUUCUCAAUCCAGAUCUAAAGGAACAUGUACAAAAGGUCUUUCAGAAACAAGAGAGCAUGGAAGAAAUGUUCCAGAAGAGACAGGUGAGCCUGAAGAAACUGGCAGCAAAGCAGACCCGGCCAGUUCAGCCCGUGGCACCAAGACCUGAAGCAUUUACAAAGUCCCCCUGCCCUUCUCCAGGUCUUCGAAGAGGUUCUGAGAACUCCUCUAGUUCUGAAAGCAACGUGCCCAAAAGAGGAAACUACAGAAGAGCAAAGAGUGAAAUGAGUGAUAUCCAACAGGGCAGAAGUGGCUCAAUGAUGGAUGAUGAAGAAAAUCUGGCAAUAUUACGAAGACAUGUAAUGAAUGAACUUAUUGAAACAGAACGGGCAUAUGUAGAAGAGCUCCUUUGUGUCCUUGAGGGAUAUGCCGCAGAGAUGGAUAAUCCCCUAAUGACGCAUCUCAUUUCACCAGCCCUCCAAAAUAAGAAGGAUGUUCUAUUUGGCAACAUGGAAGAGAUUUAUCAUUUCCAUAACAGAAUAUUCCUGAGAGAACUUGAAAACUACAUAGACUACCCAGAACUGGUAGGAAGGUGUUUUCUAGAAAGGAUGGAAGAUUUUCAGAUUUAUGAGAAGUAUUGUCAAAACAAACCCAGGUCAGAAAGUCUCUGGAGGCAGUGCUCAGACUGUGUAUUUUUUCAGGAAUGCCAAAGGAAACUCGAUCACAAACUCAGUUUGGAUUCUUAUUUGCUGAAGCCUGUACAAAGAAUAACCAAAUAUCAGCUAUUAUUAAAGGAAAUGCUGAAAUACAGUAAAAACUGUGAAGGAGCCGAGGAUCUACAGGAGGCGUUGACUUCUAUCCUUGGAAUUCUUAAAGCCGUCAAUGAUUCCAUGCACCUGAUUGCCAUUACUGGCUAUGAUGGAAACCUAAAUGAAUUAGGCAAGCUCUUAAUGCAAGGCUCCUUUAGUGUUUGGACAGACCACAAGAAGGGCCAUGCCAAAGUGAAAGAUCUGGCCAGAUUUAAGCCAAUGCAGAGACAUCUGUUCCUCCAUGAGAAAGCAGUUCUAUUCUGUAAGAAGAGAGAAGAGAAUGGAGAAGGUUAUGAAAAAGCACCUUCCUACAGUUACAAGCAAUCUUUAAAUAUGACGGCUGUUGGAAUAACAGAGAAUGUGAAAGGGGAUGUUAAGAAAUUUGAAAUCUGGUAUAAUGCAAGGGAAGAAGUUUACAUCAUACAGGCUCCAACUCCUGAAAUUAAAGCAACUUGGGUAAAUGAAAUCCGGAAAGUCUUAACCAGUCAGCUACAGGCUUGCAGAGAGGCCAGUCAGCACCGAGCAUUGGAGCAGACUCAGAGUUUGCCUCUGCCCGCAUCCUCGAACACAAGUCCCUCGAAAAAUCAAACAAAGAGUGUUAAAAAAUUAGAAGAAAGAAAAACCGACCCUGCAAGCCUGGAGGGAUAUGUCAGUUCAGCAUCUGUGCCGAAGAACCCAGACAAAAGCAAAGAUGACACAGUAACUAGCUCUACCUCAGAGAGCUCUGCUCUGUCCAAAAAGCGUUUUACACUGCAGGGCUUUGCUAACCUCAAAAGUCAGAAAGCUUCUCCUACCAGUCCUGACAAAAAAGCUAAGCGACACGAAGUUAAGAGUGAUCCAACUCCUUUUGGUUUAAGAGGUUGGACUAAAACUUCUCAUUCACUUGAUGCCUCUGAAGACAAUGAUGGCUGGUCGAGUGCUGAGGAUCCCCUGAAUUCGUCAGAUGCAGAAGAAGAAGGUGGAGCAGGACUCAGGAAACUGGUUCCUGGCAAAUAUACGGUUGUGGCUGACCACGAUGAAAAAGGAGGUCCAGAAACCCUUGCUGUGAAAAGCGGAGAUAUAGUAGAAUUGCUACAUGAGGGAGAGGAGGGACUUUGGUUUGUAAAGAAUUUGACCACAAGCAAGGAAGGCUGGGUACCAGCGAGCAACCUGUUGGCAUUGAUUGGCAACUCAAAAUCUGCUCUGUCUUUGAGCAGUUCAGAAUCUGGUACUGGUUCCACCUUUCUGAGCUCCUCCUCAAGCUGUAGCGAGAGUUGCAAUGCCACCUUCUCAGACAUCAAGGGUUAACCACUAAGGGCUUACUCAUUACGAUUCCUGAAAACCAUGUGCAAGCUUCUGAAGGCCAAAUUGCAGGAGGAAAAACCAUCAUGUCCAUCUAACAGUUUUGUCGUGCUUGGAAUUUACUUAGUUUAAAGAAGGGGAAGUUUCUUUUAAAAAUAGAAGAGAUUCAGAAGAUGAGUUGGAGGAUAUGAAAAUAACUUACUGGGAAAACUCCUGAGCUUUUUGCAGAACAACAGGUGGUGUGAGAAUAAGAGGAUAUGUUCUCAAGUGGAACUUCUCAUCUCUAUUCUUGAUUCCAGAACUCAUUCCCUAAUGUACAUAUUCCAGUUCUCACAGAGACACUAGUUCAAUCAUGCCACAUUGGAAGAAAUGGACAGUUGUGAAUGCCCUGAUAAAAUUAAAGCUCUGUACAAAGGAUGGCUAAGCAAACUUAUGCUACUAAUCAUACUCCCGAUGAACAUUCUUUCCUCGGUUGAUGGUGUCUCAUUAUAAAUAACUAGAAAUGAUUCUUCAAUCCAGUCAUUCUGCUUUUGUUUUCUUCUGCAAGAAUAUGCAUCCUUUUGAAGCUGGGCACUCAAGAAAUGAACAAUUCAUUGACCCACCAGUUUAGAGACAGGACUAUUUUAUCUUCUACAACUUUUUUUUUAAAGGAAUUAUUUGGUGGCCAUUUGUGUGUGUGUGUGUGGUACUUUGGCCUCUAAUCAAGAAUCACUGUGUUUACAAAAAAAAAAAAAGACAAUUUGAUACCACUUUGAUACAUAACUAUUUUUUGUUACUAGGGUUCACAUUUAAACAUAUUUGUAAAGUUAAAUACGAUCUUACCUGUCUAUAAUACCAAGGUAACUGUUUUUUUGGGGUGAAGCUCUUUGGUUGUCCUUGAAUGAAAAUGUGCUAAUUUUCAUCCCCAGAAGAAAAUACAAACUGAAAAUAUUCCUCAUUUCUUUUUCUACCAAAAAAAAAAGGUGUGGGGAAACUCUUUCUGUUUUUUUAAGAACUUCUCUACAUUACACAUAUUUUUUACUGUUUUUAAAGAAAUAGUAAAGAUGACAUUUUUGCCAGCUGUUCAUUCAAUCGAUACUCUUUAUAUAAUCUGAGAUUCUCUGAGACCUAGCCUUCCACUAUGCAGGCUUGGACCUUAACUGGUCUACUCCAAUCCAGAACUUUCUUCUGCUUAAAAAACAAACCUCUGGUUGUCCAUAUAACAUUAUUUUACAAUACCUUGGAUAUAUCAGUAUAAAUGCAGAGAAAAUUUUUUUGCGUAUGCAAGGCAGAACUGAAAAGGAAAUGCCUCAUUUUUUUUUGUUUGUGUCUGUGUGUGUUUCAGAAAACAAAACUCUUGUUCUACUGACCAUUGAAACACACUCUGUAAUUGGUUGGGGCAGAUAUUUUUUUAUAUGUAUGUAUAUAUGUUCAUGUCUGUGUAUAUAUGUAUAUAUAAAUAUUGUUGUAAAGGAUGUAUUUAUAGUCUCCAUGCUGCUGAGAGUAUGCCACUUUACAGUCCAUAAAUACCAGUUUUCAUGAACUCCUGCAACAUGAGACUGAUCAGGGUUUUCAUUUCCUAGACUGCAUCCCAUAUGCUCUACCAGAAGGAAAUCACCCCACAUUUCCUACGGUCUGUGAGUCUCUCCUUAGCCAGAAACCUCUUGCCUAAAAAAGUGCGGUAUUGAACAUUGGGAAGGGGCAUAAUGGCUUUUCUUCAGGUUUGUAAAUUAUUUGUAAAUGCCAUGUAACAUAAUUUACUCAACAAGUCUAUUGUUGAGAUGCUUUCCUUCCAUCUCCUUGCAGCAGACUUGUUACUUGUGAUUGUCUCAUCUCAGCACUUUAAACCUCACAUUUCAUUCAUUGUUCCUUUUUUUUCUACUGCUAAUGUAAAUGACGUACAAAAUUAGGAUUCUUUAUUGUAUGUAUUAUGGUUGGAUGAAUAAAUUUCAGCAGCUCUUGCUGCGUGUAUACCCCUCACAUUUUAUAAAGAGCACCGUAGCA